AUGGCACCUCGGCGCCACAUAGCCAGUACUACGGGUGUCAAUCCACCGCUAAUAUGUCUUCUAUGUGGAAUGGAACUCCCAUACACGGGUAGUUCUGGGAUUGCGGAUACACACGAACCUAAUCAAAUACUCAAACAACAAUGGAAAAAGAGUUGGGGAGUAUACCAUGUGAUGGUACCAUCUCGCGAGGUAGAGGAGUCAGACUUCGGCAAUUUCCUACGGAUAUGGUCAUGCUUGUGUCGAGUCAUAAUUAAGGAGUCCGAUACCAAGUACCGUCUGACGGGCAUUAAUAUACUCAAACAUUCUGCAGAAAGCCCUUACUAUACCCCAAAUGAUCCAGAAAUGGCAAGAAUCGGUGGAAGGAAAGGUGCAGACCCGGAUAAAGUCGGUGGGAAAAGAAUUAACCGAUACGACAAUGGAGAUUUUACUGAAUUCUAUGGUGCAAGCAUCGGAAGGCAGCCCAGUCAAUACAAAGGGAAAGUGGUUGGAUAUAUCAUCCAUGCCAGUUGCUGGGUGCUCUUCAACCGAGUCGAAGGGCUGAAACUGAAGGAGGCUAAACUCGCGAAACUCGUCCAAGUCUGUCGGAAACAUUGGCGCAAGAACACAAUGUGGAGAUUAUAUGACAACAACGUGCAUUUUGUACAACCGCGCCAGGACCUAUUGCAGUAUGAGUACGGCUGCGAUAUCUAUCAAAAUCCACUAGUGCCCAAAGUUCAACAAGCCUUGGAUUGCGCAGAUGUCGAAAGCCUACGGCAAUCAAAAGGUCGAAUAUCUUCCCGGUCCAGCAACAUUCCAUUGGAAGUUGCCAUUCUGAUCGCCGAGUGGGUCUGUCCUGUUAAGCAUACCUUGAAGGAUAUAAAAAACACGGGGAAUAUGCUUUUGGUGUUUGGGUGGAAUUUGCCUGAUUGGUUUUGGCAAAGACGAUUGGACGAAGGAUUGUUCAUUGAACUGGAUAAACUCAAGAAGGUGACGUCUCCAGUCGGUUGGCAAUUGCGGCUGAAUUUGAUGUGUCUUGUUGUGGGUCGAACUGAGUUCAGGUCCAGUAGUGGUCUAGCAAGUCGUGAACGAGUGUUGAAGAGUAUUCUUGCUCUUGAAAAAACCUACUUAACUCUAGAAUCAGCCAAGGAGAAAGCGCUGAUCGAGAAGGGGAAGAAGAAUGAUAGUCAAUGA